GAGCAUGCCUUUAUCACAGGUAGACACUGUUGUCAUUUAUUUCCAUGCAUUGUUGUCGAAGGAUUUUAAAUUCAACCCAGAAUCCGAUAUGGUAACUGUGAGAGGUCUUGAUGAUGACUGGAAGACGCCUAAAGUGGAGAUGUCUGUAACCAAGAACUUGAAAGAGCACGGUUACUUAAUCAAAGGACAUCUAUUUACUCACAAAAACAUAAUUGGAAAAUGUUUGCCUUAUAAAUAUGCAGUCCAUAAAAUGCAGAGUGGUAAAACUGAGUAUGAAACGAUUUAUAAGUGGGAUACACCUGAUGAUUGUAUCACUAAUCGUUGUUUAUAUAUUAAACCAGACCUGGUUUUUGAAGGAGAAUGGCAUCAGUAUGAUGAUAUUAUCUGUGCAGCCCCCGAAGGAGGUUUCAAAGCCCGUGUUAAGAAUAUCUUUAAAUGGAGUAAAAACACUGAUGUAACGAAAGGAAAACUAAUAGCUGGGGAAAUCUUGGUGGAGUCAAUGUUUAACAUUCUUUCAACGUGGAAUGAGAAAAAUUUGAAGAGUUUUCUGAAUCAAUUGCAGCAAUUCUAUGAGGUUUACAAGAAUCCUAUGGUCUUCGAAAAUCGACCAGUUAAUUGGUCAGCCCUUUUGGUUGGUGAGAAAGAAGUUAAGGAUCUCCUUUUCAAGGUUUUGAAAGAAAGAGCGCAGUGUCCAGAAAAUCAAGCUUCAAAUUCUGAGACAAGCUCUGUGCAAAACCGUCUACGAAUUGGAGUGCUAUUCCUGUACCUGGCUGGCACCUAUGACCUUGAACUACAAAAAUCUGAUCUACAUACGCUUUGUGAUCUUCUCUGCGUGCAACAAAAUUCAGUAAAUACUCUUACCAAGGAAUUCAAGUCACUUAAAGAAAGCUUCCAUUUUGGAGAAAAAAUUGAAACAUUACUGAAGAGGAUGAUGUUGAGGUGUAUUAAUCAGGGAAUCAUAAAAUGGGUGCAAACCAUUCCUGUUCUCCAUUUGUUUGGUGUUUCAUCUAAUCAAGCAAGCCCAGAAUUUCUGGACACUGAAGGCAGCUGGACUGGACUAAAUGGACUUCCAAUUGUCAAAUUCAGAAGCGAAGUCCAAAAUAAAUUCAAAAGGGAUCUGCUUGAUCUGAUGGACAAAAACAAACAUUUAGCAACAGUAGAUAGACUAUUACUUCGGUCUUGGUUCAGCUUAUUGCCUAUGGAAUUUUUGCCUGACUACUUAAAAAUGAUGACACCUGACCUGUUUGAUAUUCUACAAGGAAUCUUCCAGAGACUGAGAAACAGUAGUUCCAUUUCAAGCAUAAAUAAGAAUUUAGAAAAUCUGUUGAAACAUGUGAAAGAAAAUGUGGACAGUCAUCAAAACAGUGAUCUUGGUGGUGAAUGCAUAGACCUGUGCAUGAAGACCAGUUUGAAAAUCCACGAAAAGAUAUGUAAAUCUCGCAAAGAUAAAAGCGAUGUAGAAAUCGUUGCCAUUUCUAUUGCAUUAAUUAGCAAGCUUGGUGAACUUAAAAAAUCCUCAUUAAAGGUAUCA